ACAGCGGCAGCAGCCUGCCUGCGCUCAGGGUUCACUACACCAUAGACAGGUGUGACUUCAUCAGGACUGAAUGAGAAUUACACAAACCAGCCUGUGUAGUUUAUCCUGAGCUCUGUGAGGUGUCAGCUGCCUCUCAGCCGUCUGUCCACUCCACUUUCAAUCCAUUCAGAAGUUUAAAAUCUUUGUUGGCAACUUGAGAGAGCACUGUUCUGUUAGACCUCUUGUAUCUGUGAUGAUACAUUAGGGUAGCGUCUGCAUUGAAAUAGCAGCUAUGGAAAGAAGCAUGAAUUUUGACGAGAUUCUUUCUCAUAUCGGUGGCUUUGGCAAGUUCCAGAAGAUCUUGUAUGUGUGGAUUUGCCUCCCCCAGGUCCUGCUGGCGUUCCACAUGCUGAUAUCGGUCUUCACGGGGGCCGUCCCCCCUCAUCUCUGUCGCUCCAACAACACCACCUGGGCCUUGCCCGCCAGCUCAGACGCAUUCAACUUCAGCCUGGUUAUGGGCCCAGACGGUGACCCUGACCUGUCCUGCUCUGCCCCUGGGGGGGUCCCUAGCACUCCGCUAGCCCAGUUGAAUCACAGCACCGCCCUGGCCCUUAGCGAUGACCACGUCACCGGGGUUUGUCAAGGGGGAUGGGAAUUCAGCAAAGAGACCUUCCACAGCACUGUGGCAACCGAGUGGGAUCUGGUGUGUGAUAAUGCCAAUCUGAACAACAUUGGUUCCUCAAUCUACAUGUUUGGUCUUCUGGUCGGCGCCGUGCUGUUUGGUUCCUUAGCUGAUAAGUUUGGACGCAGGAACAUCAUCCUGGUUGGUUUGACUAUCCAGUCAACCUUUGGGGUUGGUGCUGCUUUUGCCCCAAAUUUCUACAUUUAUGUCUUUCUGCGCUUUGUGGUUGGAACAACUAUUUCAGCUGUCAUCAUGAACGCAUUUGUUUUAGGCACAGAGUGGACAGGAUCAAAGCACCGGAUGCUAGCUGGGAUCAUCACAGACUACUUCUUUGGGUUCGGCUACAUCACCCUGGCAGGCCUGGCCUACCUCAUCAGAGACUGGCGUAAGCUCCAACUGGCCAUCUCAGCACCAGGCUUCCUCUUCAUCUUCUACAUCUGGGUCCUACCCAAGUCGGCUCGGUGGCUAAUGGCCAACCAGAGGAACGAGGAGGCCAUGGAUCUGAUCAGGAAAGCUGCUCUGAUGAACGGCAAACCCCUGCAGGAGGACAUAGAGAUACGUCAGGGGUACAACGAUAUGGUGAAGAUGGAGGAGAGGAAAAAGGACACAGUCAUUGACCUCGUCCGUACGCCAAAAAUGAGGAGGAAUUCAUGUAUCAUGUUUUACCUGUGGUUUGUCAACGUGCUGGUCUACUAUGGCCUGUCCCUUAACAUCUCUGACUUUGGGAUGAACAUCUACCUGACCCAGCUGAUCUUUGGCCUGGUGGAGAUGCCGGCCAGGACCAUCACCCUCUUUACCCUGAAUCGCUCCAGGAGGAUAUCCCAGCUAGCCUUCCUCGCUGUGGGAGGCCUGGCCUGCCUGCUAACCAUCUUCAUUCCUGAUGAUCUCUCCAUUAUUAGAACUGUCCUGGCUAUGGUGGGGAAGUUUGGGAUCACCGCCUCCUUAUCCAUCGUCUACGUCUACUCAGCAGAGGUCUUCCCUACUGUCAUAAGGCAGAGUGGAAUUGGUAUGAGCUCCAUGUGUGCCAGGGCAGGGGGAGUCCUGGCUCCCAUCAUCUACCUGCUGAGGGGUGUCAGUAAGAAUGCUCCCAUGGUGUUGUUUGGCCUGUGUACUCUGCUAGGUGCAGCCCUCACCCUGCUGCUGCCUGAGACAGCCCACCAGCCCCUGGCUGACACCAUUGAGGAUGUGGAGGGAUCCAGCAUCAGUGAGGAAUCAGAGGAAGGGAACAUGAAGCCAGCCCUCUAUGAGGAAUGUCCAACAAGGAACCCAGACAUCAUAAUCUGAAGAACCAGGAGUGGGACAAGGCAACAGUCCACUGAUACUUUGAGACCUGUAGUCAUGUCAUCUGGAGAACUUCUAAUACCAUUCCUCCAAGGAACUCUGUGCGUUGUAAGAUAUCUGCUAAGAGUGUUUGAACAAAUUUGUAGCUUGAUGUCACUGAACUGACAUUUUAUACAAUUUUAUUUUAUAUUUAAACAUUUUUCUUUUGUUUUGAAAAGAUGUACCAUAUAUUGAUGUUUUAUAGUGACUAUCAGUUCACAUUUAGAUUGAUGAUGAAGUACAUUUAGUAACAGUUUAUUUAUGCAUCAAAUAUCCAUUUAUCAGAUUCUGUAAAUACUGUCAAGGACACACCAUUGUUUGGUGCCAAUAGCCUUGUGCUCUUUUUAUCCACAUUUCUUUGAUGGUGCAUCCCUCUUCCUGGACUGGAACUCACUCCCAUCCUGUCCCUGUCUGUUAUCUAGUAGGUCUUCCUGAAUGUCUGUCUUGUCUGACUAGGCAACCCUACAGUACUGUUCAUACCGAACAGGUUCACCUUAAGAUAUUAGCUCAGUUUCAGCCAACGAAUGCCGUCAUCAUGCAUUGUGAUUUUGUAUAAAGUGACCACACUGUGAACGAGCAUAGAUGACAACUUAUGCAAACUAUCACACGUAUGCAAGAUGAAUAGCUAAAUAUUUUUUUCUUUUUGAAGGUAGAAUUUUGUUUACUUGAUGGAUUCUGUAUUAGACAUUCCUAACUCUAAAUUUAGAAGUGAAUGUGUUUGAAGUUGGUCAGUGAUCACGAUGAGUUUUUUAAAAGUGUGCACUCUAGAACAGCAGGCUAUAGGACAAUUGCUCCACAUAAUGCUUGUUAGAAAAUCAUGCGGAAAUACUAGCCAUCUGCUGGUGCCCAUGUAACGGUGCCCAUGUCACGGAGCCCAUGUCACGGAGCCCAUGUCACGGAGCCCAUGUCACGGAGUUAAGAACAUACCGUUCACUCCACAGCAAACUUGAAAUGUCAAGGAUGGGAGCUAUAGAAGAAGAUCAUUUUCGGUGGAACGUUGUAAAGGAGGAUGGUGACGUGUGUUGCGAAGCAGAGGAUCACUGGUUCAAGCCCAGUAUGGGGCAGUCAGACACUGGAGGAAGCUAAGCUGUUAGAAGCACACUGACCCCCGGGAACAGCCAGUGUUGGCUCAAAGAUGACCCAGUUAAAGGUCUCUAUAGGGUCAGCAGAUGAGCUGUGGUAUCUGUAAUCAGCCCUUACACAAGACAGAGAUGCCCUUAUUCAAGACAAGGAUGCCCUUAUACAAGACAAAGAUGGAUGGACUGAAUCAAAAACAGUUAUGACACUGUUACUCCAAGUUAGGAAGCCCUCUCUUCAAACAUGAAGUUUACAUUCUACAUUACAUUAUUAACAUUUCAGCUGAAGGCUUUCAUUCUGAGUGCUUACAGUCAGUAUAUAAAGUACAUUAUAAACUGGGUGGUUCGAGCCCUGAAUGCUGAUUGUCUGACAGCCAUGGUAUAUUAGACCUUAUACCACGGGUAUGACAAAACAUUUUUACUGCUCUAAUUACGUUGGUAAACAGUUUAUACUAGCAAUAAGGUACCUUGGGGGUUUGUGGUAUAUGGCCAAUAUAUCACGACUAAGGGCUGUAUCCAGUCACUCCUCGUUGCAUCGUGCAUAUGAACAGCCCUUAGCCAUGAAAUAUUGGGCAUAUACCACACCCCCCCGUGCCUUAUUGCUUAAUUGAACCGCAGCAGUAACACCAGAGAGACUGAUCCGAGUUUGAGAUCUUUCACAUCGGGUGGAGAAGAAUAGAAGACUGUUGUGAUGACAUGUUCUCUCUGUGGUAUUUUGGGUGGAUCUUAUUAUUUUAAUGGCAGUGGAUGAUUUGACAGGCAUCAAUUGUUCCCCUGUCAUUGUAAGGCUUAGGAGAGCAAAGCCGCACAUUCUUGUUUGGGAUGAGACACAGGGUUUGCCUUACAGUCAUGUAACCAAACGACUGUAAUAGGCCUAUAUGUUUAGUAACAGUAGUCAACAGGAGUCCGAUGUGUUGUGUUAGUGAACACUGCCACUCUCUGGAUGAAAGUGGUACUUGCUUCUUGUCUGACAUCAGCUGCUAUAUAUACCGUAAGUACUGUAAUGGGGCACAAGCAUGAUGACCACAGAGAUUGUGUUACAACAUAUGCAUUUCCUGAUUCUGUAGAAUCAGUACUUUUAUACAAAUGUAUUACAAAAGCUGCUGUAUAUACGGUAAGUACUGUAAUGGGGCACAAGCAUGAUGACCACAGAGAUUGUGUUACAACAUGUGCAUUUCCUGAUUCUGUAGAAUCAGUACUUUUAUAAAAAAUGUAUUACAAAUUUACAAAAUCAAAGUAAAAUUGGGAAGUUAUCCAUGAUGUGAUAAAAAAAAUAUAUAUAUACACUAACACAUUUCAUUUGUACAAUAUAGUUCUGCUUAAACAA